AUGAGCACCGAGAAAGACGUGCCUGUCGACCCUUUCAGCGACACGUACGUUGAGCCAGCGUCUUUGCUCCCCGAGACCGCCCAGACCGCCGUGGUUGACGAUGACGACAACGCAACGCCUCACAGUGGCCCCGCAGAAGUUACAGAGAACCUUCAGAAGGCGGCGUUCACUGAACCUGUCCAGAUCCCGGUUCCUACACCCAGAUACUCAUCGCCAAUCACAAAUGACCCUCAUUCAAACCAGGCCAGCCUCAAUAACUUCUCAAUACCGGUCAUUCCACCCGCACCUGUUGGACUUGAUGCGACAAUCACGUGGCGUACACGCGACUUGAUGUACCUCCUGAGUCUUUUCAAAUCUGAAGAGCUCGUCGCCGACACCCUCCUAUUUACUCCUUCACUCGAUGACCUUGAGCAUGCCACAUACCCCAUCCACCUGCAGCUCCACAAGAAGACUACCCCUGGAUCUGAGAUAGGCACGCAUUCCCUUGACCCACCCAUUGAACCGCAGCAAUAG